AUGGCCGCAGAUGACGCCGCCGCAGAGGUCUCGCCAGGCGCGACGUUUGGACCGCCGGGUGACGAGUACGAGAUCGGAAAACAGCUGGGCAAUGGAGCCGCUUCGAGAGUCUUUGCUUGCAGGCGUCGGAACACCAACGAGCAGCUAGCAGUCAAAGCCGUGGACCUGCGACGCUUGUGCCUGCUGGGCGACCUCCAGGACCAGAUGACACGCUUAGACAGCGAAGUUGGUAUCCUCCACGAGCUGAGACACGAGAGGAUUGUCAAUCUCCAAGGGUUCCACAAGACAGACAACUGGUAUUUCCUCGUGAUGGAGUUAGUUGGCGGAGGAGAGCUCUUCGAUUUGAUCGUCCGCAACAAAUCGCUCAGUGAGUCUGAAGCGAGACAUAUCUUUCUACAGCUGCUGGAAGGCGUUGGCUACAUGCACGCACGAGGGGUGCUGCACCGGGACCUGAAGCCGGAGAACAUCCUUGUGGCUGGGUCCAGGCCUGCUGAGCCGCCAGCUUCGGGGCAGCUGUAUGACGUGAAAAUUGCAGACUUCGGGCUCUCCAAGGCCAUCGGUGGCGGCGCCUCUUUAGCGAGGACGCGUGUGGGAACGCCUCAGUACUGGGCCCCGGAGGUCCUGGACGUGCAGAAGCGGGGUGGUUCCUACGACCAAGCGGCGGACUUUUGGGGCCUGGGUGCGGUGCUCUUCGUGAUGCUUUGUGGCAGGUAUCCUUUUGACGGCCAGAAGCAAGCGCUGGAUGACCAAAUCCGAACUGCCUCAUACAGCAUGACAGGCUCGCGGUGGCGGAACAUCUCCGAAGCUGGCAAGAGCCUCGUGCGUGGACUUCUACGGGUGAACCCGGUGGACAGGCUCUCUUUGGAUGAUUGCCUUAGCCAUCCGUGGGUCACUGGCGAACCCAUGCCACUGCCUCGACGGCUGCCCCUCACACCUGCUGUGCCUGCUUCGGGCAAGAAGUGCCUAGAACUGGCACAACAAGCGGACCUCGCACAGCAGAAGAUGGCUGUCAUCGCCGAGUCUCCUUCAGGGGACGACGGCAGGAGUGGCCCAGAGGACAUCCGGAACUCUACCAGCUUCGAGUCAGACCGGGUGGCAGAGCGCGCCCCAUCCACGAGCUGCUGCAGCGUGUCAGACUCGGAUCUGGGGAAGAGCUGCAGCCGCGUCGCAAGUACGCCCAGCAGCCCAGAUGAGGAGGCGCAAAGUUUGCAGGUCGCCUCCUUCAUGGCAGGCAAGAACCUUCGUUUUGGUCGCUGGUAUUGGCUUCUCAUUGUAAUCCUGGGUCUGGCACUUUGGCGGUGCCGCUUACGACGUGAGCCGCUGGUGCCUGGCGAGCUGCCCACAAUGAGCUUGGACAAGCAAUCGGCCGGCUACUCCUCGAAUCUCAGCGGGGAUGGAGAUGAGAAGAGCAUGCUGGCGGCGCUUGACAUGCAGACGCCCUUGUAUUACUUGGGUGGCAUGCAUCGAGGUGCUGCCGAAACCUUGCUGCUGGAAGCGUCACCAGAGUCGUACAAACAGAAGAGCAUCUUCCAACUCAUUGAGAUGCUGCGUAGCCAGGUGGCCAUCGCAGGCUCCUUGCAGAUGGCGAACCUUGCUGUCCGCCAUGUGGAUGGAGAGCUCGCGGAGGCGACGCGCAAUGCAUACGAGCAGGCGCGGGACCUUUUCAAGAAAGCCGCAGACGUGGUUUCACGCUAUGCCGACGUGGCAAAGCAGGUGAGCGAGCAUGUGUUGCCCGACCUCCAGCUGGCCGUCGAAGAGCAGGAGCCUGCCAUGGCGGCCGACAUGCUUGAGAUGGUCAAGGACUGGGUGGCUGCCAUGAAGAAGGACAGCGACCUCAUCCGAAGCAACUAUGGCGAGCUUCAGUCGGCGAUUGCGACGCUGCUCAGCAACAUGUAG